AUGGCCCUUUUCUCACCCUCAAUAUCCGCUCUCCACACUCUAAAAUCAACACCAAAAACCAUCCUCAUAACAGGAGGAUCCUCCGGCAUAGGUCUCGCAACAGCAACCCUCCUCUCUACCCUAAACCCCUCCCACAACCUCGUCCUCCUCGACCUGCAACCCCCACCCAAGUCCUUCACCCACUCCUCCUCGAACCUGCUGUUCCACGAGUGCAACAUCACCUCCUGGGCCUCGCAACGCGCCGGUUUCGAAGCAGCAUACACGCGCUUCGGCCGCAUAGACUGCGUCUUCGUCAACGCCGGAAUCGCCGAACAAGGCGACCAAUUCUUCGACGACAGGCUUGACAGCGAUGGGAAACUCGCUGAACCAGACCGCCGUACGCUGACUCUGGACAUGGAUGCUGCGGCCGAUACCACAAAACUCGCCAUCUACUACCUGCGGAAGAACGGAAAACAAGGUGGUUCAAUAGUACUAACAGCCAGUCUGGCUGGAUAUCUAGCUUCAGCAGGCGCGCCGUUGUAUUCUGCGGCCAAACACGGUGUUGUGGGCCUGAUGCGGGCAUUGAAGCAAGAAUGUGCGAAGCUGGACAUUAGUAUUUCUGUUGUUGCGCCUGCGAUAACAGUUACGCCUAUUUUGACGGCGAAUAACAGCGUUUUGGCUAUGAAGCCAGAUGUGUAUGCGAGGGAGAUGGCAAAGGCGGGUGUGCCCAUCAACAGACCGGAGGCUGUUGCUUUGGCGGUGUGUUGGUUGUUAAAUGAGGGAGUCAAGGCGAAUGGCGCCGGCAUCUUUGUUCAGGCGGAUCGAUUCGCGGAUUUAGAAAGGGGGCUGGCGAAGAGUAGGGAGGCAUGGAUGGGCAAGGAGAUGUUGGAGUUGUUUCGUGGGGGAAGAAAUGCGCCGCUGUUUGCAAGGUUGGAGCAGGAGGGAGAAGCGAAGGCGAAAAUUUAA